UGGGGUUAUACGUUUCACUGUUUGUUACAUUGUCUCGCUUAAAGAGUGUCGCCACCAAAAACAACACACUUGCCUCCUUCUUCGACCUCUCUUCGUCACAUUGCGUCUUCUCCUUCCGAUCCUUCAAUCCUCGUUCCGUUUUUGAUCCAAUUGAAUCGCUUCCGUCUUUUGAUUCUGUUUAUCUUUCCAAGUUUCUGAUGAUGGCGGAGACUGAAGGAUCAGUGGCCGAUGAUCGAGAAUUGAUCAGCUGCGAAGGUGCUAUUGGGACUAAGUCUCCGUGGAAAACAACGGCUUCUACUGCUGAGACUAUUGACGCUCCUGUUAUGGGAGCUCAUUCAUGGCCUGCGCUCGCCGAUGCUGCGCAACAACCGCGUCCCAAGAAUCCCCCGCCGUCUGCACCUGCACCUGCACCGCCGUCUAAAAACAUUCCGACAUCUAUCCCAAUCCCUUCUCAGGCUGUAGCUGGUCAAGCGAAAUCUAAGGGUGGUGGAAAGGCUAAUAAUCCUGGACACAAGAAUCCAUCUGGCCGUCAUUCUAAACCAGGCUCCAGGAGCAACCAAAAUGGUCCUCCUCCUCCACCUCCUCCUCCUUAUCUCGUGCAUGCUGUACCAUAUCAUCCACCUUCUUUUCCACCUAUGGUGCCUCUGCCACAUGCUGCUGCUCCAGAUUUUCCAUAUGCUCCUUAUCCUCCCUACCCGGUUCCUGUACCUCCUGUUUCGGACUCUGGCAAUGAGAAGCAAGUUCAAGCUUCCCCUCUUCCACCUGUGCUGCCACCUCCUCAAGGGGAUCCUGGAAAGCCUUGGCCGCGUCAGAGGGGUUUUGACCCCAGAAACAUGCCUCAAGGAGGUGCUGGGCCAAGAAAUUUCGGGAGACCUCCAUUUAUGGGUCCAGCUCCUGGGUUCCUCGUUGGUCCAGGUCCAGGCUUUCCUGGGCCUGUAUACUACUUGCCGGGUCCACCCCCUGGAGCUAUAAGAGGUCCUUAUCCUCCACGCUUUGCUCCAUACCCUGUAAACCAGGGUCCUCCAGUACUAUCUCCAGAAAAACUCGACUUAAGGGAUAGAGUCUUAAAACAAGUAGAGUAUUAUUUCAGUGAUGAAAAUCUUGAGAAUGAUCAUUACCUCAUUUCCUUGAUGGAUGAAGAAGGAUGGGUUCCCACAAAAAUUAUAGCUGGCUUCAAAAGGGUUAAAGCAAUGACCAUGGAUGUUGAUUUUAUUGUCUAUGCGUUGGGGUUUUCUAAUUCUGUUGAAGUGCAGGGUGACCAGAUACGCAAGCGUGACAAGUGGUCUGACUGGAUUCCUGCAUCUAAAAAGUCAGCCUCUGUGGAGAAAAUUGGUGACAGUGACAAAGAUUCCCUAGAAAGUAUAACAAGCGGGGAUAAUUUCGGAAACCCUUCAAAGGGUUCUUCAAAGCCUACCGCGUCCAAUUUCUCUUCAGAGGGAGCUCAGUCAUCAAGAACCAAUAAUUAUAAAAGUGGUAACAUGAAAUCAUCAGCAGACGAAAAAAGAAAUGUGGAGGACUUGUCAAACGAUUUUUCAAACACUUUCUUGCUUGACGAGGAACUAGAUCUGGAGCACAGAAGCCCGAGAAAGAGUGGACUGUCCAUGUCCAAAAGCAUUGAGUAUGAAGACGAUGAUAUGGCUGUUGAUGAUCAAGAUAUUCAGAAACUUGUAAUUGUUACCCAGAAUAGUGGUAAAAGCGAUGGCACUGGAAUCGGUGUGACGAAAGCAAAAAAUAUCCCUAAGGAGCUUGCCUCCACAAUAAACGAUGGUCUUUACUACUUUGAGCAGGAGCUAAAAAAAAAUCGAUCUGGCCGUAGGAAGAACAACUCCCAUUUGGAUACCAAAGAUGGGAAAAUCAAAUCUGGGGUAGGAUUGAACACGAAAUUGGGAGAAAAUUCAGCAGCAAAUGAAGGAGGGGAAGAGCAUGGAACCAUUACUUCUCGGAGGAAGCAAAAUAAGGGAACGCACAAACAUCAUACAGCCCAUGCACGGAGGUUCUUCUCGAGUAACAUAAGGAACCAUGGAAAUAUAUCAGAAAGUCCGCCUAGUAGCUCCAUUGGAUUUUUCUUUGGUUCUACACCACCAGACAGUCAUGGCCCUAGGCUUUCGAAAUUGAGUUCAUCUCCACAAUGUACACUUUCUGGAAGCAGUCCACCUGUGGGCUCUUUGCCAAAAUCAUUUCCACCUUUUCAACAUCCGAGCCACCAACUGUUGGAAGAGAAUGGGUUUAAACAAGAAAAGUACUUGAAGUAUCGCAAGCGCUGCUUAAACGAAAGAAAGAAGCUGGGUAGUGGAUGCAGUGAGGAAAUGAAUCAUUUGUACCGAUUUUGGUCAUAUUUCCUCAGAGACACCUUUGUUCUGUCUAUGUAUGAUGACUUUCAGAAGUUUGCUCUUGAGGAUGCAGCUGGCAAUUACAAUUAUGGGCUGGAGUGUCUCUUUCGGUUUUAUAGUUAUGGUCUGGAGAAGCACUUUGAUGAGGACCUUUACAAGGACUUUGAGAAGCUAUCACUUGACUUCUACCACAAGGGAAAUCUGUAUGGCUUGGAGAAAUAUUGGGCAUUCCACCAUUAUCGAGGCAAAAAAGAACCGAUAACAAAGCACCCUGAGCUAGAGAAGCUACUGAAGGAAGAAUACCGUAGCAUAGACGAUUUCCGAGCAAAGGAUACAGUCACCAACCAAAAAGAAAACAAGUCUCACUGAUGAUGAUGUGAAGAGAAGAAGAAGCAGAGACAUGUUGGUGUGGCAGAGCAAAUGAUCCUUAAAUCUUGACCUAAAGUUUUGUGUAUCUCUUCUUCUGGGGGAAGAGACCAACCAAGUGAAGCAAUCACUCUGAAUUUUAAAGGAUAAUUUCCUUGGUGGUGUUUUCUUUUGUGGGAUUAUUUUUUUUGGAUUUUGGAUGGAUGCAGGAUCUCUGCAAUACAGACAAGAGCUUUGACUGAAGAGGCGUUCAUCUAUCUACACAAGGAGUUUCGCCCUCUCCCUAAAAGUUGUAAUCUUUUCUUAUUUUGUAUAUAUUUCAUUUUCUAAUUUUACUCAAUUUUGGAAAAAAAGAAAAAAAAAAUGAUGUGAUAUUGUAGUGUCUGUAGAAACAAUAAGAUGUUUUUUAUGCGACAUUUUUAUAUAGAUAGCACAUUUCUUGCUUGUAAA